AAACAACCUCGCUGUCUCUCUCUUUCACUGUCGAUGGCAUUCGGCGAGCACGGCGGAUCUCCUCCCACCGCCGGCGCCGCUGCCGCUGCCGCCGCCUCCUUCAAGCCCUCGACGAUGGUAAGGACACGAAGCCGGAGGGAGGAGUCGAUCCCGCCAUACGUGAAGGCGGUGGCGGGAUCGUUCGGCGGCGUCGUCGAGGCGAGCUGCCUCCAGCCCAUCGACGUGAUUAAGACUCGGCUUCAGCUCGAUAGGACGGGGCAGUACCGAGGGAUUGCCAACUGCGGGAUGACGGUGAUUCGCACGGAAGGCGUGCGGGCGCUGUGGAAGGGCUUGACCCCCUUCGCUACCCAUCUCACCCUCAAAUACGCCCUUCGUCUUGGCUCCAACGCCCUUUUUCAGUCCGCUUUCAAGGACUCUGAGACGGGGCAUCUAUCUCAGCAUGGCCGUUUGGUUUCUGGUUUUGGCGCUGGUGUGCUUGAGGCUCUGCUCAUCGUCACCCCUUUUGAGGUUGUUAAGAUCAGACUGCAGCAACAGAGAGGGUUGAGUCCAGACCUUUUAAAGUACAAGGGUCCUAUCCACUGUGCAAUGAUGAUUAUUCGUGAAGAAGGUCUGUUUGGGCUCUGGGCUGGGGCGGCACCAACUGUAAUGCGUAAUGGUACAAACCAAGCUGCCAUGUUUAGUGCUAAGAAUGCAUUUGAUGGCAUCCUUUGGAAGAAACAUGAAGGGGACGGGAAAGUCCUCCAACCAUGGCAGUCGAUGAUUUCGGGAUUCUUGGCAGGGACUGUAGGACCUAUUUGUACUGGUCCUUUUGAUGUUGUCAAGACAAGACUGAUGGCCCAAAGCAAGGCUGGUGGUGACCUCAAAUACAAUGGCAUGAUUCAUGCAAUUAAGACCAUAUAUGUUGAAGAGGGAUUGCUGGCACUGUGGAAAGGUUUGCUUCCUAGACUCAUGAGAAUUCCUCCUGGGCAGGCUAUUAUGUGGACUGUUGCUGAUCAAAUCACAGGCCUAUAUGAAAGGAGAUACUUGCAGAACAAUCUCCUUUAGAUAUUUUUCAUGCUGUCUGUUAUAUUUGAAAAAUAAAAGGACAUUUUAUUCUUUUGUUGUCCAUUCUUUUGCUUUGCUGGAUCUGUAGGAUGUUGGUUUCAAUGGUAUGGGUUGAUAAACAGUAUAUCUUAGUUGAACAAGCUCUUUAGGCUACUAGGCUUAAUGAACAAAUGCCAAUCACAUCUUUGAUUCGAAUUGGCCAGUUUUUCAAAGUUUGAUUGGUUUAGAUUUUUGUUGGUUGUACUGUGUCAUGGAAUUGGAAAAUGUACUUGUAUUAUGGACAAAAUCUGUUGAACUAUUCAUUAAUAACUAAAGAAUUUCUCUGCA